AUGUCGAAAAUGACUUCACAGGAUAACUCUGAGCCAGCUCAGGUAGCCACGGAUAUCUCUGGUCUUCUCCCUCCCGAGCAUUGGGCAGAGGUGGCUGAGGAGCUGGGCGACACAGAUUCUGCUCUGGAAGAUGAUAAUGCUGAGUCGACCGCAUCAAUUACUUCAAGUAUCCUCGAGUAUAGAAACAUCAAUGGCAGAACAUAUCACCACGAUAUCGGCAACGCGCAGUACUGCCAUCAUGUUUUGACGCUGGUUCUGGACGGUGCGCUGUACCUAGCGCCUCUCUCGAAGGAUAUCAAGAAUGCUAUUGAUAUUGGUACAGGAACCGAAGACUGCACUCAAGAGUGGACGUUCGCCCCUAACUCGCAGGAUUACAUCCACUUCCGCUGGCUUGUCGGCAGUAUCGUAGACUGGGACCAGCUAUUCAAAGAAGCAUAUAGAUGUCUCAAACCAGGUGGCUAUAUAGAAAGCCACGAGGCUCUUUCUAGAAUGGACUGCGAUGACGGAAGUAUCACCGAGAAGAGCGCCAUGCACCAAUGGGGAAAGUUCUUCGUUGAGGGUGGUCAGAAGAUCGGUCGUUCUUUUACGAUCGUUGAAGAUGGAGUACAGAGAUCUGCUAUGGAGAAGGCUGGUUUUGUUAAAAUUGAGGAACGUGACUUCAAGGUUCCCAUUGGAGGUUGGCCAAGGGAUCCCAAGACGAAAGAAAUUGGCAAAUAUGCUCAGGCUACGCUUGAGCAGGAUAUUGAAGGUUACGUUUUGUUCAUGGCGAAUACCGUGGAGGGAUGGACUAGGGCGGAGGUCCAGGUGUAUAUCUCGAUGCUAAGAAGGGAGUUGAGGCAGGGGACUAUGCAUCCUUAUUAUCGGCAGAAGGUUGUCUGGGCUCAGAAACCAAAUGAAUAA